UCGAAGGAAAACGUCAUUGAAAAAUCAAUUGUUUCAAGGUCAUUUCUCAAUAGGCAACAGACGGUAAGAUAUAUAGUUUCAUCGUUAGUGUAUUGGACGAAAAUACAGACAAAAUAUCCAUACCAAAGAUGUUCCGUUUGUGUCUGGCUUUGAUAUUCCUCAUUUCUCUCAUUAAAAUCUACGAGAGUUCCGUCGUCGUACCAUUUAAUGACUGCGGAUCGAAGUCGACUACUGUGAAACAGUUAAAUUUCGAUUGCGAUGAAGGCAUACCAGAACCUUGUAGUUUCUUGAAAGGCAAAACAUACCACGGCAGAAUCAGUUUUACUACAAAAGCUGAAGUUCCAAAAGGUGUUAUUGUUCUACACGCAAUCAUUGGCAGUGCGACAUUACCGUUCCCGUUUACCAAGUCGGAUCUGUGCUCGGAUCACAAUCUCACCUGCCCUAUCGCAUCUGGAGCAAGUGAAGUUUUGACUAUUGAAUUGGCAGUGCCAUCAUUUGCGCCGGCCACUGACUUGCUGGCGCAGUUUGAAGUUAAACCUUCGAGCGGGUCAAAAACUGAUAUUAUGUGUGUAGAGUUUCUUGCCCAAAUCAAGGACAGUAACGAUAUAGCAGUGUGAAAGAGGACAACCUACUAGUCAGUAUGGAAAUUUACUGAUACGCAUUUUAGAAUAGAACUUGAUUAAUUUGAGGUAUAUAGUAAGUUAGCUUAUAAUCAAUUAGAAAAGAAACUAUAAUUAGUGUUCAGUGACAGUGUAAUGACUUAUAUUAGCUAAUAACUCAUAACUAUAAACAAUAUACACUAGAGAUUA